CGCGCUGGGCAGUGCGUGUCCGCCGGCGGCGAGCGAGCGAGCGGGACUGGGGCGGCGCGCUGGGGGCGCUGCAGGUAGCCGGCGCGUUUGUGCCUCCCGCCCGCGCUGCCUUCGCUCGCGCCCCGCAGCCUCCCUCCCGGAGCCCGGCCGGGCCGCGCCGCGCCCGCCAUGCCCGCCCGCGACCUCGCCCUGUGCCUGCUCUUCCUGGCCGCGCCGUGCUUCGGCUCGACCCGCGGGCUCUUCCUCUUCGGGCAGCCCGAGUUCUCCUACAAGCGGUCCAACUGCAAGCCCAUCCCCGCCUCCCUGCUCCUGUGCCGCGGCAUCGAGUAUCCCAACAUGCGGCUGCCCAACCUGCUGGGCCACGAAACCAUGCAGGAGGUGCUGGAGCAGGCGGGCGCCUGGAUCCCGCUGGUGCAGAAGCAGUGCCACCCGGACACGCGCAAGUUCCUCUGCUCCCUCUUCGCGCCCGUCUGCAUCGACGACCUGGACGAGACCAUCCAGCCGUGCCACUCGCUCUGCCAGCAGGUGAAGGACAGCUGCGCGCCGGUCAUGUCCGCCUUCGGCUUCCCCUGGCCCGACAUGCUGGACUGCGGGCGCUUCCCUCAGGACAACGACCUCUGCAUCCCCCCGGCCAGCAGCGAUCACGUCCUCCCCACGCCCCGAGAAGCACCCAAAGUUUGUGAUGCCUGCAAAAGCAAGAAUGAAGAUGACAAUGAAAUUGUGGAAAACCUUUGCAAAAAUGAUUUUGCCUUGAAGAUAAAAGUGAAGGAGAUCGCCUACAUCAAUGGAGACACCAAGAUCACCCCAGAAACAAAGAGCAAAACCAUCUACAAGCUGAAUGGUGUGACAGAAAGAGAUCUGAAAAAGACUGUGCUCUGGCUCAAAGGUGGCCUUCAGUGUACCUGUGAUGAGAUGAAUGAUAUAAAUGCACCCUAUUUAGUGAUGGGACAGCGGCUGGCAGGAGAGCUGGUGAUCACCUCCGUAAAGCGGUGGCAGAAAGGUCAGAGGGCAUUCAAGAGAUUCUCGCGCAGCAUCCGCAAACUGCAGUGCUAGUCACUUCCGCGUGUGGUGCUUUCAGUCCCCAGGGCUCUUCCAAAUCUCUUGCACCUUCCUGCUUCCUCAGCCACAAAGCACAGCAGGCAUGAGAGAGGAAGACCCGUUUCAAAAAAGGAGGAAGAGGGAGGCUGAUUUUGUACAUAUAGUAAAACUAUAAUAUUUUUGCGAAGUAUCAGAAUAUCUUACUUAGAGCUAGUUAUUUGCAUUGGUUCAGAAUGUGAUCUGAGACUUUUUUUUAAAAAGUCUACCAUUUUGGCUUUCUGUUUCUAACUGUCUCGCAAUGCAUUCUAUAUUGCUACAUUUCCGUAUAGGAUAUAUUUAGAAUGAGUGUGUCAAGCAUAAGGUAUGAUUGUCAGGUUCAGUAAUGUGGUACAAAGCCACCAGAAGGGGAUGUGGCCCUGUCAUUUGGGGGAUUAGUGCAGCCACAGUGUCACCAUCUGCGGGGGAAUUAGUCAUAAGAAAAGGUGGCUGUGUGGAAAUGAUGGGAAAAGUUGCUUUGUGGUAAUUUUUUGAACAUCAUAUCAGGACUAUGGAACAGAGAGAGCUUGCAACCUGGACUCUUGCCCAGUCGUUGGUCACGAUCCCAUGCAGAGUUGGGCAUGCUUAAGCCUAUUAAUUCAGCUGGGCUUUAUCAUAGUUAGGUUUAUGUUGGAUUAUGGCCGUUAUAGUUUCAUUCUGGCCUUGAAUGUUGGACCUGAGUCUCUCUCUUAUGAAGUGAUGUGCCAUCUAUUUCUAUACACUAUAGAAAAAUCCACUGUUGCAUGUGCUACUUAUGAAGAAACUUAACCAAUAAAGGUAUAUUAGCAGUUUUUACACAGUAUUUUAUACAUACCGGUCAAUAACAAGAAUUUUAAACUGACUGAAAUAACAUUUUAGGAGAGGUUUUGUGGGGGAUUUUUUGGUACUUUUGCCUUCUCAAAGUAAACCUUUCUUCAGCCUAACUGUAAUAUAAUUAGUGGUUAUUCUGAAAGAGUUGUAAAAUAUUACUUUAAACAAAUCUUGUAAAUAUUCCAGAUAAACCUUAUAUUCUUGUACAUAAACUUUACAUCAUAGUUUA